GCAGCGCUCGCAUCGUUCGACCAGCAACGUACAACAGCAAUACGCAACAGCCACAGCAACACGCAACCUACAGCAGCAACAUGUCUUCGAGUGAGAUCUACCGCUACUACUACAAGACCUCGGAGGACCUGCAGGGCUUCAAGGCGUCUGCCCCCGAGUCCUACUUCAACCCCAUGGCGGCCUACAACCCCGGCGUGACCCACUACCAGUUCAACGGCAACACCCUGGCCAGCAGCAGCAACUACUUGUCGGCCAACGGGUUCAUCAGCUUCGAGCAGGCUAGCUCCGAUGGCUGGAUCUCCUCCUCACCGGCCAGCCACCGCUCGGAGAGUCCCGAGUACGUGGACCUCAACGCCAUGUACAACACGGGCUGCAACAUGCUCCCCAGCCAGCAGUAUGGAAUGGUCAUGGAGCAGACAGUGAUCCCGGAGCCAGCUUCGGUUCCGGCUCCUCUCCCAGUUGCAGAUGCCUCGCCAGUGCAGUCCCCUGCGGAGGUGAUGGGCUCCCCCAAUGUGGGCACUUGCAAGACCCUGCCAGCUCCGGCUGCCCAGAAGCCCAAGCGCAGCUACACCAAGAAGAACCAGUCCAGCGCCACGUCCCAGGAGGCCACCCCCGUGAAUCUCUACACCGAGGAGUUCCAGAGCUUCGACUUCGACAACUCCGCCCUGUUCGACGACAGCGUGGAGGACGACGACGACCUGAUGCUCUUCAGCGGCGGCGAGGACUUCGAGGGCAACGAUGGCUCCUUUGACCUCGUGGAUGGCGAGCAGCAGGAUGUGGCCACCAACGGAUCGGGGAAGAAGAGGCGUGGCAAGCAGAUCACGCCCGUGGUGAAGCGGAAGCGCCGCCUCGCCGCCAAUGCCCGCGAGCGUCGUCGGAUGCAGAACCUCAACCAGGCCUUCGACCGCCUGCGGCAGUACCUCCCCUGCCUGGGGAACGACCGCCAGUUGUCCAAGCACGAGACCCUCCAGAUGGCCCAGACCUACAUCUCCGCCCUCGGGGAUCUGCUGCGCUAGAACCGCUAGAACAGUCCUGGGAUCACCCCACACCUCUUGUUGGAGCUUGCCAAAUGAUGUACCUACUCUGUAUAUAUAGCCAGUGGCCCAGUAGUGAAUUACCGCUUAAGUAUUAUGCUGUUUAUUGGUUAGUUAAUUAGCUUAAACGGAAGACAAUGAUUAGUUGUAAGGAA